CGUAGCUUUUUAGUCUUAAGAGAAAAAAGAGCUUUUUUAGAGUGUAGAGCAUACUAUUCACUACUUUUUAGCCUUUGUCUAUAAAUACACUUAAAAUCUCUUUCUUUAAUCAAUAUCAAACCAAAACACACAAUGCAAAGCUUCACCAAAGAAGCUUUUCUUUACACAUUUCAUUUCUUCCCUACAAAAAUCUAAUCAAAUCAUAUCUUUUCAUCUUCAUCAUACAAUCAAGUGUUCCUCGAUUUUUUGGUGGGAUCACUGGUUCUAAAUUUUACUGUUUUCUCUGUUUUAGAACAGCUAAAUUUUUUAUUUUCCGGAAAAGGGUCAGAUUUUUAUUAGUGCCCUGAUUCCAUAACUCUGUAUAACUCCAUUCUAACAUUCAAAAUCCUCUGUUUUUCUUUUUUUCUGGUAAAAAAACACCCAGACAAUCUAUGGCAGGCAUGGAAGAUAGCAUCUAUAUACCAUCAUUUACAACAUCUAUUGACAUUAGAGAUUCAGUAUCAGCACUUAUCUUAACAGCUGGUGCUAAUAACACCAACACCUUAGACUCAAUCUUUUCUUACUGCCCAUCUUCAAAUACCAUCCCUACCAACAGUACUAGUCCUUUGGCUGAGCCAUUAGGCUCCUCUAUUUAUCUCAAACAAAGAGAUAUCCUACAUAAAUUCUGGCUGCAUACGCGGGCUAAUACCGGGUUUCAAGUCUCUUCUUCUUCAUCUUAUUCUCAGUUUCAGAGUUUUAAAAUGAAGAAUCCAGUGAAGAAAAAGCUUUAUAGAGGAGUAAGACAAAGGCAUUGGGGAAAGUGGGUAGCUGAAAUAAGACUAACCCAAAACAGAAUGAGGGUUUGGUUAGGUACUUAUGAAACACCAGAAACUGCUGCUUAUGCUUAUGAUCGUGCAGCUUAUAAGCUUAGAGGUGAAUAUGCUCGUCUUAAUUUCCCCAAUUUGAAGGAUUUGAAUAAGUUUGGGUUUGGGGAUGCAACAAGGAUGAAUGCAGUUAAGGCUGCAGUGGAUUCUAAAAUCCAAUCCAUUUGCCAGAAACUGAAGAGGGAAAGAGCCAACAGAAUUGCUAAGAAGAAACAGAAAGAAACAACCCCAAAUGACACCGGUGGUGGUGGUGGUUGUGGUCGAGGUGGCGAAACGAAUAGUAAUCAUACUCACAGUGAAGGGAGUAAUUUGAAUGGGAAUGAUAGUUUGAUGAAGGAUACGUAUUCAUCAUGUUCUUCAUCAUUGUGUCCAACAAUGGUUAAUGAAAGUGGGAUGGUUUCACCCACUAUUUCUGAAGAAGCUUGGUGGGGAAAUGGAACUUCACCAUCUUCUGAUUCAAUGACCAGCUAUUCAUUGAUGGCAGAUGAGUUCAGUUUUGAUGAUUGUUCAUUGGAAAAGAUGCCAUCUUUUGACCCAGAGUUGAUCUGGGAAGUCCUUACCAAUUAAGAGCUGAUUUUGUUCCAUAUGCUUGUAAGUAUUAUAGUAGUGAACAAGUAAUAAUAGUCUAUUUAAUAAGGCUAUGUAAUAGCAUGCAACAUGUCCCUAAAUAGUAGAUAGUAUUACUAUCAUUUGUUUGACUACAUAAGGAUGUAAGAAAUUAAAAGAAGUUCCACUAUACUUGCGUUUAAUGCCAGGCUUGAUCAUAUUCAAGUCUAUGGUUAAAUUUUAGGUCAGGAUAGAUUAAAUCCAUUUGUCAAGUUACAAUUAUAAAUGUUAUACAAUUACAAAAACAAAAUAAAUCUUGUUAAUUUUUUGCCAUUUUUACAAACACUAGUCAAUUGUCAAUUAUAAUAUAUAUAUAAAGCAAAAUCCUUUGAGCCUUUCAGGCUUCACUUCCUA